AUGAUAAAGGAUUCUAGGGUUUGCUCUUUGAGACUUGAUCUCCAAGGAAUCCGAAACGACGAAGGUGGUGACUUGGGUUAUCCAUCUAUAAAGCAAGUAAGUGAACUUAACCAUAUCGAGGUAUGUCAAACCUUUCAAUGUGAUGGUUUAUUGUUAUGCGUCCUCGAGGACUACUCGAGGCUAUUGGUAUGGAACCCAUAUCUGGGGCAAACCAGCUGGAUCCAACCCACAGACGGGUAUGACAAGAGCCGUAACCACAAAAUCUUGAGGAUGUUUGAAUAUUAUCGAUGCGGGGAGUUUGUUGUUGGGUCCGAGAUCUAUGAGUUUAGCUCUAAGUCAUGGAGGGUUCUUGAUGUCGUCACUCCCAACGUGGAAACACGGUCUCUCCUCCGUCGAAAUGGCCAGUCUCUGAAUGGGAAUGCUUACUUUUCUGCUGAAGAGAAGGUAAUCUUGGAAGGAGGAGUAGCACAAGCAGAGGGUGAAGCCGUUUUGCUCUGUUUUGAUUUUACAUCAGAGAGAUUUGCACCACCUCUGUCUCUGCCGUUUCCAUCUUGGGAUGAAGACCCUUUGAAUAUGUCUUGUGUCAGAGACGAGCAGCUUGCUGUGUUACAUAAACCUUGGGAUAGAAUUGAGAUUUGGGUUACGAAUAAGAUUGAUCACGGUGAAGUGUCGUGGAGCAAGUUCUUGGAAGUGGACAAGACGAGUCUGUUCCCUGGCCCUCCUCCGAUAUACUCUUGUCUUCGGUCGGAGCUUUUUCAUUGA